AGAAAAGUUUGAGCUUAGAUAAUUCUUUCAUGUUCUGGCAAACAGCAAGGUUUCAUAAGAACAGAGCUCAUUUGGAAGUAGCUUUUACCACUUCUUAAGGGUUUAUUGCGUGUUUUCUCUGUUGUCGACCCAUCAAAUUGAAACAGACAACGUUGGGCAACGUUGUCAAUGGUCACUCAUUCAUUAUUUAUAGAUUCAUCACCAACAACUUCGGUUCCUAACUAGCCCUUUUGGAUUUUUCGUUCUCCUCGCUGUAACGACCCGUCCCCUGUCAUCUUGUCUCUGACAGGAGCGGCACGUGUCCCGCAUGGUGAACUCGUUUUCAGUCACUCGUUAAGACUCUGGGUAGAUCGCGUACAUACAGGGAAGAAACAUGGAGCGGGAGAAAACAAACAUGGCAUCUCCUCUGCUGGAGCCUUCGCCUUCAAAGAGGGCUUCCAAGCUUCAAACUUUGGGAAACAUCAUAGUCACUGUUGUCGGAACUGGAGUUCUUGGAUUACCCUUUGCUUUUCGGAUCGCUGGGUGGGUCGCUGGCUCGCUUGGGGUUGCUGUUGUCGGCUUAUCCACUUACUAUUGCAUGGUUCUUCUUGUUAAUUGCAGAGACAAAUUGGCGUCUGAAGAGCCACUGGGGGAAUCAAACACAUAUGGAGACUUGGGUUAUAGGUCUUUUGGAACCCUAGGUCGGUUUGUGACAGAAGUUAUAAUUGUGGUAGCACAAUGUGCUGGAUCUAUUGCUUAUUUUGUGUUUAUUGGACAAAACCUUCAUUCUGUAUUUGAAGGCCAGAACAUAUCAAUGGCCUCCUUCAUAUUUAUGUUGGUACCUGUUGAGAUUGGAUUGGCUUGGAUAGGGAGCUUAUCUGCUUUGGCACCUUUCAGCAUUUUUGCUGAUGUUUGCAAUGUCUUGGCUAUGGGAAUUGUGGUGAAGGAGGACGUACAACGGGCCUUCGGGGAGGGGUUUUCAUUUGGAGAAAGGACAGCAAUCACAUCCAACAUUGGGGGAUUGCCAUUUGCAGCAGGCAUGGCAGUGUUUUGUUUUGAGGGGUUUGGAAUGACACUGGCUCUAGAGAAUUCUAUGCAGGAUAAACGUAAGUUCCCAAUAUUGCUUGCUCAGACUUUUGGUGGGAUAACUCUUGUGUACAUUCUUUUUGGUUUUUGUGGUUACAUGGCUUUUGGUGAAGAAACCAGAGACAUUGUGACCCUCAAUCUCCCAAGGAAUUGGUCAUCUCUUUCAGUGCAGGUAGGAUUAUGUGUUGGGCUUGCAUUCACACUUCCAAUCAUGUUACACCCAAUUAAUGAGAUUGUGGAAGGGAAACUCAAAAUCAUUUUCAGAAACAACAAUGAUUCAACGGGACCAGGAAAUAUCUGCAUAUGCAUCAGCCGAGCGAUUGUGGUGGUUGGACUGGCAGUGAUAGCUUCAUUCGUGCCAGAAUUUGGUGUAUUUGCCUCAUUUGUGGGGAGUACCUUAUGUGCAAUGCUCUCAUUUGUUUUGCCAGCCACAUUUCACCUAAAGCUACUUGGCUCUUCUCUACCCUUCUGGCGUAAAGCCUUAGAUUUUAUUGUAUUAUUUUCUGGAUUAUUUUUUGCCAUUUAUGGAACUUACAACACAAUAGUUGGAGUUUGAUGUAUAAACAUGUAUUUUACUUAGUA